AAUUAAAGAAAGUUUAGUAAAUACUUGCUUAUUAAUUUUUCUGAUAUGGCUGGAACUUGUUUGAAAACAAUUCUCGUAAUUUGUGCUUUGGUCACAAUUGCUGCUGGUGGAGUAGGAUUAUAUUUCACCCUCACAUAAUUAAAUGGGUAUAAAGAAUUAUGGUCCUAAGUAAAUCCUGAUGUGGAUAAAUAUGCUAUGUAUUCGUUAUGUGGAUUCACAGGAGUGACUAUUUUAACAGGUUUAAUCAGUUUGAUUGGUGUUCUUAAAAGAAAUAGAUGCUUACUCCUUAUAUUUAACAUUCUCGCAAUCGUUUUGUUGGGUUUAUUCGUAGCAAUUGGAGUUUUUAUCACUAUUUAUACCAACAAUCAGUUCUAAGAUAUUAAAAACAUCACUAACUGCAAUAAUGCUCCUAGCGAUUACAACUGGUUAUAGUAAUCAAAUGAAUUUUACUAAAAGGUUGGUAUCUUAUUUUGCACAUAACUAUGUAAAUGCUAUGUUUAAAAUGUAUAAGACUUCCCUCCCUCAACUUUUGACAAUAAAUCUGUAGCAACUAUUCCUAGUUAAGGUACAACUCAAAUCUAAGUGUGUCCUUAUGCAAAAUAAGAAACUUAAUACGACUAAUAUCUUUCCUUAGUCUAAUUCCUUGAAAAUAAAUUUGAAUGCUCAGGUAUCUGCGAUCCUGUUCCUUAUUACGUCUUCACUGACAUUAAUAGAGGUCCACCUACUUAUACUAGCGGAUGCAAGCAAAGAGUUUAAGACUUUUUUGAAAAGUAUGGUAAUAUAGUUAGAGUAGUGGCUUUUUCAAUUGGUGGUUUCUUUUUCCUUUAAAUUAUCUUAGCUAUUUGGUUGUGUUGCAUUAAAAAAUCAAAUGGAGAAAACGACUACUACUCCAGAUUAGCUUAAUAUUGA